CGAGCGUUCGUUUAUUAAUAGACCCCCCGCCUGAGCAUUAGACGGGCUUGCACUGUGCUCUCUGCCUGCCUUGGCCAGUAGUCUGUGCUCGGCAUUCUAGCCGCUAGCAACCGCAACGCAAGGCAUUUUCGGGUGCGGGCAAUGCAUCGCCAUCGCCAUGAGCCGGCCAUUCUAUCAGCAGGAGCCGCUGGCGCAGCGGCCGAUCUUCUAUCAGCGGCCAGUUAAUAUUAAACGCCUGCGUCACCCGGCAGGAAGCGUCUAUGGACGCAGCUACUCGCUGGAGGAGCCGGAAGACCAGCAGCAGCAGCAGCACGAGAAUGUAGUCCCCGUUUAUCCAAAGUUCAUUUAUGCCAACCAGCGGCACCCGAAUCAGCUGCCGUUGUACCAGCUAGGGGACUCUCUUAGCUCUUUGGACAGUGAUUUCGUGGACGACUACAAUGGUCCCUACAUUGUCGAGCAGCCCGUGCCACCGCCCACUCCCAAAGUGGUGCAGAAUCUGAACGCACUGGGCAGGCUCCUAGAUUUGCUGCAGCGCUGGCCAUUGCCUUGUCUAUCCUUCAACACGGCCUGCAUCUGUUCGCUCAUCAUUAUAUUUUUAGCGCCGCGGACUUGUGCACAGAGUUUAUUGUUUCCCGCUUUCAGAUUGUUCUUCGGCACCCUAUACCCGGCCUAUGCCUCGUAUAAGGCGGUGCGCACCAAGAACGUGAAGGAAUACGUUAAAUGGAUGAUGUACUGGAUUGUCUUUGCAUUUUUCACCUGCAUUGAAACAUUCACAGACAUCUUUAUAUCCUGGUUCCCAUUCUACUAUGAGGUCAAGGUGGUCCUGGUAUUCUGGCUGCUAUCGCCAGCCACAAAGGGCAGUUCCACACUGUAUCGCAAGUUUGUGCAUCCCAUGUUGACGCGCCACGAACAGGAAAUCGACGAGUAUUUGACUCAGGCCACGGAGCGGGGAUAUUCGGCAGUGCUACAGCUGGGCUCCAAGGGAGUCAACUAUGCCACAAAUGUCAUCAUGCAGACGGCCAUAAAGGGCGGCGGCAAUCUGGUGCAGACGAUCAAGAGGAGCUACAGCCUCAGCGAUCUGAGCGAGCCAGAUAUGCACCGCACCCAAGACGAGCUGGACGAGGUGAUGAGAUCGUCCAUGUCCUCGUCGGUGGUGAUGCGCCAACAGCCAACUGUAACGCGUCUCCUGCGGCCACGCAACCACACGCCCGUCGGCAGAUCCGCCAGCGGCACGCGUCACUCCACCGGGAUGUACUUCACCGAGGUUGAUCUGACCGCCAAGAAUGCGGGUGACUUCAACUACAACAUACGCAGCCAGGAUGACAUCAGCUCUGGCUACUCCAGUGCCGAGCCUCUUAGUGGACUGAGUCGCACAUCCUCCAUGACAAAUGCUUCCAAGGGCCGUGUCAAGUCAAAGCGCAAUGAGCUGUUGCUGGAGGAGAUGAGGGACGAGGUUUAUUUGGAGAAUCAACUAUACUUUCAAGGUGUGCGGCAGGAAAGGCCAGAAGAAUUAAAGGGUUUUGACAAUGUGGAGAGGAUAACACACCACGAAGUUGAUGAGGAGCUAGAGGAUGCAGAUGCAGAUGAGGAUGACUUCUAUGAAGCCAUGCCGUUGGUGGAUGCAGAUGAAGAAGAGAAGGCUGCAGAACACGAAGUUCUGUCAAGCGAUGUACCAAAGAAAGAAGAUCCAUUUGAAGGGGAACGUGUGCAAGCCCAAGAUUCCAUAAAGGAUGAGGCAUUGGAGCAUUUUUUUCCAACUGUAACCAAGACAAAAACGUUGCCAACAGAUGUCCCUGUUCGAUCGAAUGAACCAAUGACAUCUACCAAGAGCAAACUGACAGAUGAACUAGCAUCCGUCAUAGAUCCUUUUGUGCUGGUGGUACGCUCCCCAACCACAGAUACAGAUAUAGAACCGUCCGAUCAAUCGGGGCCAGUGUCGCCACGGGAACUUCUCGCCACCUUGGAGGAGAUCAAGCACAGCUUUCGGGCCCAACUGGAGCCAGAGGUACAGAUGUCACCAUCUCUCCCCUCGCUGCGUCCCAGGGCCGUGCACGGUAAGGGACGAGCUCCGCCGCCUCCGCUGCCAGCCAAGCGGCACUCGCUGAGUCCCCAGCCGGAUGCCAUUAGCCAGACAUCGACGGGCAGUGUGGAGCGCAAGUCAGGACAAAUCUAUGUCUACUAGCUGCACCACCUUGCCCAGGACCAGCAGCCGCAGGACUGAAAAAUCCCAGAUGGGAACGGGAACAUCAACUUCUAGCCAGGCCAAGACGCGAAACAAGUCGG